AUGGAUGCUUUGCAGCAUAAUGAAAUGUGGGAGCUUAUAUCUCUCCCUCCUGGUGAAAAGACUGUUAGUUCCAAAUGGGUAUUCAGUAUUAAAUAUCUGACUGGUGGCUCUAUUGAUCAGUAUAAAGCCCGUUUGGUGGCCAAAGGGUUUACUCAGAUUCCUGGUAAAGACUUUAAUGAUACCUUCGUUCCAGUGGCUAAAUUGACCUCAGUUCGUUUGUUUGUCUCCCUUGCUACCUCUCACAAUUGGCCUCUUCAUCAGCUUGAUGUGAAGAAUGAUUUCCUUAACUGUGAUCUUCUUGAGACUAUUUACAUGGAUCCUCCACCCGGUUUUUGGGUUGAGGGGAAGUAUGCUGGAAAGGUUGGGCUAUCCUGUUUCAGUGAUGCAAAUUAUGCUGGGUCCAAGACUGACAGACGUUUAACAUCUGGCUUUUAUUCUGUUCUUCACGAGAGGACUAAACAUAUAGAGGUGGACAUUCAUUUUAUCAAAGAAAAGGUUCGUUUGGGAAUUAUCAAGUCGUGCUUUGUUCGUUCCUCUAAUCAAUCGGCCGAUGUGUUCACCAAAUCUGUUGGUUCAUCUUUGCUUCAUUCCUCGUUUACCAAGCUGGACUUGAUUGAUAUCUCUACCCCAGCUUGA